UUCGAAAUGUUCCUCUUAUGGGCUGCAUUUUGGUUUUCAAAAGCGGAAAAGUUAGCGUUAAAAGUCGUAAAGUUUAUGUUUGAAAACUUCAAAAUAUCAGUGUGAUAUGAAAGAAACCGAAGGUGUUGUGAUUCAUCUUCAUCAGGCUCAAUGUCUUGCUUUAUGCAUCUAAAUUUGAAGUUGAAAAUUUGACAUUGUUAUACGGUUUAUUUUAGAAUCAUUCAUUUUGUGCGCGGUUUUUACUAAGCCGGAAAAAUUCAGUAUUAAGAGCGGCUUUUGCGAAAUUUUGUGCUUCAGCUGCACCAAGUCUUGUCUAAAUAUGGUGAAAAGUCCACGAAUUGAAACUCUUUAUUUUGGAAACUGAGAAUUUUUAAAGGAGGAGAUCAAUUGUGCAUAAUCAUCCAUUUUGUGCGCGGUUUUUACCAAGUCGGAGAAAUUCAGCAAAAAUUAUGCAUUAGCAUUAUCUUCCUUCAUUCAUAUCUACCAACCAAAUUUCCUAUUUUAGACUUUCAAAUACUUCCAAGUUGAUUCCAAAUUUUCACCUAGCCUUUACCUUCCAGUGUUAGUUAUUUUCACUUUCUCAUGCACCCCUGCAAAUGUGGACAUUUUCAAAACAGGCGAAAUUUUCUAGUACAGGGCCGUAUUAGCGCAAGUCAAAAAAACGAGUCAAAAUCAUAAAGAAAAUGUACAAAAAAAGAUGUUUGACAUCAGAGGACUAAAAAAAACUCUCAACCACAGCAACAGAAUAAAAGGCGAUUAUUUCGAAUGGAAACAGCGCCUUUAAAAUUCCAUAGUGUCUCAUUCUAAGGCGACUAAUUAUUAGCAACAGAAAAAAAUCCGGCUCUGCUUUUGCCCUGUGGGGCUUCAUUUAACUGGAUCACUUCCAAUUGCCCCACAUUUGCCCAAACCUCACCAAAGUAAUGAAUUCAGUGUACUUCUACUGCAUGAUACUGGACACAAAAUCCACCAGUGAAAAAAAUUGGAAACUCUCUCACCUAAUCAGGGAGAUCCUUCACAGCGCUGAUGGAAAGCGGUUUGAAAAGUUAUGCUACUGCGGCCAAGGUUGCACCCGCAUCCCUGAAACCUUAGUGAAACUCUACGGGGCGAAGGUCCAAAGCCUGGACUUUAGUUCGAACGAUUUGGUUACUCUUAAGGGACUGGAUGCGUUCCAGCAGCUGCAGGAAUUGGUUCUGGAUAACAACCAGCUGGGCGAUUCAUUGACUGUGCCGGUUUUGCCCAAACUGCACACGUUGUCUCUGAACAAGAACCAGAUUUGUAACCUGGAAGCGCUGCUUCUGCAAAUCAAGCAAAACCUGCCAGCGCUCAACUAUCUGAGUCUUCUAGGAAAUCAGGCGUGUCCCAACCAGUUGAGCAACCAGGAACACGACGAAGAGGAUUAUCAGCGUUACAGGUACUUCGUGCUUUAUCACCUGCCUCAGCUGAAAUUUCUGGACUCCAAUCGCGUUUCCGAGCAGGAGCGGUGGGAGGCCAAAAAUAGGGGACAAUUUAUGAAUAUUGUAACCCCAUCAGGGGCAGGCAAUGUGAACGUUAAUCUGCAGCUGAACAACUUGGCCAUUAGUGGAAACUUGAAGUACAGCCCGCUGCCCAGGGCGCUGAGGAACCCAGAUGACUAUAAGGGCGCCUACGGUAAAUGUCGUUACCGCUACAGUGGCAAACACUCGGAAGGCAACCGAUUCAUCUCAAACAAUGACCUCUAGCCAAACCUCCCUAUUCUACUACUAUACUAGUUAUUAAUAAGUGUCGUACAAGUUGGCUUGGCUGAACUGGAUCAGGACCAGCUCAUACGUAACAAUCGCACUGGCCACCUGCAAAUGCAACUGGUCAAACUUCUACAUCGCCCUGUAGAUGUCUGCCUACUCACACUUAGAAUGGUGCCUCUUUUAACCGCAAACAUCUUGCAUCCAGUCAAGGCGGUUUUAUCGAAACUGAUUUGCGUCAACAGUCUUCUGAUCUGAAAA